AUGUCGAGCGGCGGCGGGAAGCAGCAGCAGCAGCAGCAGCAGGCGAAGAAGCCGGCGGCGGCGGAGGACAUCGAGAUCAAGAAGGUCUUCUCGCGCUUCGACACGGACGGCGACGGCCGGAUCUCGCCGUCGGAGCUGGCCGCCGUGUCGCGCGCCAUCGCGCCGCCGGCCACCGAGUCCGCGCAGGGGCGGGAGGUGGCGUCCAUGAUGGACGAGCUCGACACCGACCGCGACGGCUACGUGGACCUCGGCGAGUUCGCCGCCUUCCACGGCCGCGGCCGCGGGGAGCGCGAGCUGGACGCCGAGCUGCGCGACGCCUUCGACAUCUACGACAUCAACGGCGACGGCCGCAUCUCCGUCGCCGAGCUCAGCAAGGUCCUCAGCCGCAUCGGCGAGGGGUGCAGCACCGAGGACUGCGAGAAGAUGAUCGCCUCCGUCGACGUCGACGGCGACGGCUGCGUCGGCUUCGACGAGUUCAAGAAGAUGAUGACCGGCGACGUCGCCGGCGCACCACCUCAACCCGAAGCGACCGCCGCCCCUGACAGCAACAAACCCAAGGAGUGA